AUGCUGUUGGCUCCUCCCACUGAGCUCAGCUGGACAUUCCAGCCCACCUCUGGGGAUCUGCCGGUUCCUCCACACACUCGCCAGUCUACGGGAGCAGGAAGAGACAACAUGAGAGGACUCGUUGUCUUCAUCAGUACGCUGUGUUUGGCCGGCGCACAGCACCAGGCUCUGAUUGACUACUUGGAGCGGCGGCUGCUUGCCAUUGAGGAUCGCAUCUCGUUAUGGCACGAGCAGACUACUCGCUACGCCACGGAGCUGCGGGAACUCAAGCAACAUAUGGUUUCGCAGCUUGAGAACCUGGACAAAGAGAAGGAGACACUCCGUGAGAGUUUGGACAGCAUGGGGACGCGGGUGGACCGGGUGGAGCGUGAGCUGGACUACUUGGAGACUCAGAACGGCGGCGCUCAGCCGUGUGUGGAUGUGGAUGACAAGUUGAUCGAGCAGCAGGUCACCCAGGUGCAGGAGAAGCAGAAGACCAAAUACUUCAAACAAACUGACUGCAGCGACAUGCUCUCCACCAUCAAAGCUAUGAAGAUUUUGAAGAGAGUGGGAGGUUCCAAGGGGAUGUGGACCAGAGACACCGGCGGGGGCUCUGGGAAGGUCUUCAUCUUUAACGGAACCAAUGAAGACACCAUCUUUGAAUUUUCCAACGUGCAAGACUUCACUCGUUCGCAAAGCCUGUCUGACUCCAGGGAGCUGAAGCUUCCAUCCGCCUGGAGUGGGACAGGACACAUCAUUUACAAAAAUCACGCCUAUCUCGUCAUCCAGGCCGAUGAGUUGACGCUGGUCAAAUAUGACUUGAGGAACAAGUCUGUGGCAGAUAGCGUGGUUUUCCCGGAUUGGGACUACAUCCCUGUGUACGGUCUGAGCCCUGAAACCGUGAUGGACCUGGCUGUGGAUGAAGAAGGCCUGUGGGCUAUUUACGCAACGCAUCAGAAUGAGCAGCACAUCUCUCUGGCUAAGAUGGACAGCGGGUCUCUGAGUAUCGAGCAAACGUGGGACACCAGCUGCCCCAGGCAGAAAGCAGAAGCUGCCUUCGUCAUCUGCGGCACGCUAUACGUGGUCUACAACACGGAGCAGCCCGGCCGCUCCCACGUCCAAUGCGUGUUCGACGUCAAUGACAUGGUAAGCAAUGAAGACGCGCCGCUGGUUUACUUCCCUAAACGUUACGGCGCUCACGCCAGUCUCAAGUACAACCCGCUGGAGAAGUUGCUCUACGCUUGGGAUGAUGGCUACCAGAUUCUCUACAAACUUGUCAUGAAGAAGAAACUCGAGGUUUAGCAUCAAACAAGAGAAUUGCCAACCCACAUUGUGGUAGCUAAGUAGUUUUGGCCGCACUGCGUCGUGUGAGCCUACUGGCGAGUGAACCUUCAACAUCUUUUGGAGUGUUAUUGUCUGUUGUGUCUCUUUAUAUUGUAUGUUUACUGUACAGUACAUUGAUGAAAGUGUCAAUUUCUUCACAUUGUGACUUUUAACUGCUGACAACUUUCUGCUCAGAGGGAUCUUGUACUUGGCUUUUAUUAUUCUUUGAUAUUUCUGUGAUGAUUUUGCCUUUAAAAAAAAAAAGCAAAAUCUGCAUUCCAUUUUCACUCACUCAAUGGAAAAGAUUAAUCAGUAAGCUAAAACUCUUGUUUUCACUGAAGCAGAAGGACAGUCUAAAUAUCUGCAGGCAUAACUCAAUUUCCUACUGGUUUCCACUAAGCUCUUACAUGAGCAGUGCUUUGUCUUGAUAUGUUUUUGCCUGGUUCUGGUUAUAGCUCAUAAAGGCAAAUCCAACUCAGCCUGAUUGAGCUAUAGUUUACUUAAUGGAGUUAUAAUGAAAUACAAACAUGUGUAAUCCCCCAGAGUUAGUUUGUGUGUUCCAUGUAAUCAAAUGGGACAGUCGUGGUUCAAAUCGUUGCAAAGAAUUUUAGUUCAAGCACACAGCAACAUUAGAUAACAAUUUGGUGUUUGAUGGUAUUUGCUAGCUGGCUAGCACGGUUGCGUUUCCUUCUUUAAACUGCGCAUAUCUGUAAACCAAGUCUGAUCGGGUUGAGUUGUUUUUGACAAAAUAAAAUUUGAUGAAAAGUAACAA